AUGACUGAGAAGGAGGUCAAAUGCGUUGUCGUCGGUGACGGCGCCGUCGGUAAGACGUGCAUGCUCAUUUCCUACACCGAGAAUCACUUUCCUGUCGAGUACGUGCCGACCGUAUUCGAUAAUUAUGAAGCGCAGAUCCUCGUGGAGGGCCAGGAGGUGAAGUUCUCGCUCUGGGAUACCGCUGGCCAGGAAGGCUAUGCGCGCAUCAGGACGCUCUCGUACCCGAAGACGGACAUCUUCCUCCUCUGCUUCUCCGUCGUCAACCCCUACUCCUACGAAAACGUCAAAGAGACCUGGCUCCCCGAGCUGAGGCAUCACUGCCCGACGACGCCGAUCAUUCUGGUGGGCACGAAGAUCGAUCUGAGAGAGGAUGCCAAGACCCUCGAAGAGCUCCAAAAGAACAAGAAGGACCCCAUCACGCCCGAACAAGGCCAAAAGCUGGCCAACGAGAUCAAGGCCAUCAAGUACCUGGAGUGCAGCGCCCUCACCCGGCGGGGUCUCAAGAACGUUUUCGACAACGCCCUCACCGCUGUUGUCUGCGCCAAGCAAGAGGAUUCGAGUGCGGGGUCUUCCAAGCCCAAGAAGAAGUGCAGCCUGUUCUGA